CAAAAGAGAGGAGUGAUCAACCUGAGAGUUUAAACAAACCAGAGAGCCGGCAGGGCAGAGCAGAGCUCACACACUCACACACACACACACUCAUACAGCUGUUCAGUGCUGAGGAAGCUCUACUGGAGUGUAGCGGAGAGCGAAGCUGAGACAAAAGACACAGUGAGACAUCUACACUUACUGAGGGAGAAGGAGCCAAGGACGUCCCAGGACAGAGUUGAAGGAGCGGUGGGGAUAAAACAGACCAGACCUUUGGCCCCCCUACAAACUUUCACCUCCCAACCCCUGUCUGUCAGUCCCCUCCCUCCAGCCAAACCCUGAGCACACUGACUGAAGCUACACAUCCUCCAGUGGCCAGAGUAUCUCACUUGCAGACAUUAACUUACAGACCGAAAGGCUGUCAGCAGUGGCAACAGCUGCACCAAUAGAAGCCCCAACCCUGGCUGAGAUGGGAGACCUGUGUCACCUCCGGUCUUCUUCUCCAGAGGGGGAGACAGUGUGUGCAGCCCUAGCCCGUUACGAGAACACUCUCCGGGAUGCCAUCAGAGAGAUCCACGUAGAUGUCAGCACUUUUAAGCAGGGCAUGGAGCGUCGUCUGGAGGAGGAGGCCAACCUGAGCGGGCCUCUCGGACGAGCUGUGGCUCAGCUCCAGCAGGAGAACCGGCAGCUCAGGAGUCAGCUGGAGGUUCUUACCCAACAGGUGGAGAUCCUGACUGGGAUGAUGUGUGACCGCAGCACCUUGUUGAACAACAGCCACAAUCACAGUCAAAACAACAAGAAUCACCUUAAUGACAUUCAGGAGAACCAUCAGGAGAUAAAGGAGGUGAUCUACGGGAAGGGUCAGGCUCACACUCAGAGCCAGUCUCAUCUCCACCUCCAGACCUGCACCCUGGGGAGCCAAGCCCAGACCCACAGUGGCCUCAGCAGUCAGUCCAGUCCUGCGUCACCCCCUGCCACUUUCUCAUCUUCUCCCAGCUCCAACAGUCCUCCUGUCAGCUCAAAAGUUUCCUCCAUGGUGACGGGCCCUGUGGCCAGCAGCAGCCCAUCCACCGCUCGCUUCUCCAGCCGAGCCACCUUCGCUGUGUCCAGCAAGACCAAUAGUAUUGAGCGAGAGGAACCAAUAGAAGUGGACCCAGCCCCAACAAAUGCUGGACUGGAGAAUGGACACGCUGCUACAACAGAACAUUCAGUGUUGGUACAUGGAAAGAUUUCUCCACCCAAUAACUUGCCACUCGAGCACACAGCCCCUGUUGCCAUGCGGAUGCCCCACCUCCCCAUCACCGCUACCACCAAGACAGCAGAAAUCAAGGGCUCUCCUGACUCUACCAGCAGCCCCACUGGUUCCUGGUCCUCACCAGUCUCAGAGGCCCCACCUCCGAGCCAAUCAACUGCCAGCACCACCCAGCCCGAACCAAUACCAGAGUCCCCGACUCAACCAGUGUCUUCUGUGAAGACAUGGACCCCUACACCUAUCAGAGCUCUGGGAUCUCCUCGCCUUCAAGAGAAGGCAAAUUCAGCCCCUGCUAAGUCUGUGACCUACUCAGGGCUGCUGCAGCAUGACAGAGAUGGUGACAUAAACAAUGACAGACCCUUUGGGUCGGGAGGAGAGAGGAGGCGGGAGCUGGUGAGGUCACAGACUCUGCCACGAAACAUUGGUGCUCAGGCUCGUCGAUCUAUCUUUGAGAGACUGGACUCUGAAGCCAGUAACAGUCGCCCCAAACCAGUGGACUCUAAACCCAAACUGAAGCGCUCUCAGAGUUUUGGAGUUUCCAGCGCCAGCAGCAUAAAACAAAUCCUUCUUGAGUGGUGCCGCUCUAAGACAAUAGGCUACCAGAACAUAGACAUCCAGAACUUUUCGUCCAGUUGGAGUGAUGGGAUGGCUUUCUGCGCUCUGGUUCACUCCUUCUUCCCCACUGAGUUUGACUACAAUUCUCUGUCGCCCACCAACCGCAAACACAACUUUGAACUGGCUUUUGGAACUGCAGAAGUGAAGGCAGGCUGCGACCGGCUGAUCGAGGUGGAUGACAUGAUGAUCAUGGGGCGUAAACCAGAUCCCAUGUGUGUCUUCACCUACGUCCAGUCCCUCUACAACCACCUGCGCAAGUUUGAGUGAAGCUCAAACAUCGAGGAUCUCAUCAUCUGCACCGUUCUCAUUUGAGUCUCAACCUUUUUCAACCCUGUUCUUUGUCAAGUGUUGAGGGAUGGGAUGUUCUUCUUAUUCUCUGUACUCUGUACUUUACUUGAGCUGAGAGGAGAUCCAGAGCUGGCAUGGGUGCACUUUGAAAAGACUAGACCGCCCUCUGGUGAUGGAUCAGUGAACAUUCAUCCACAUGCUGCAGGAAAAGCCUCCUCGAUGCCUCGCUCAUGGGCUCACACCUCAGUUCACAGAUACACAGUGGACAUUAACUCCUGGGGAGAUUAUUGUGUAUGUAAGAGUACAGCAAUGAAGACCAUUCAUUUAGUCACAAAUGUCAGGGUUGGUUUGUCAACAGUUUUUCUUCUGUGUGUGUGUGUUUGUCUUGAGGUAUACAGUGUUGAACUGUUGCUGUGUUGUAUAAAUCUUUAUUACUGUGACACUUGAAUAUGAGUGUCUAUAUUAACCUUUAACAUUGCACCAAUGGAGAGGAGGUAUAUUUCACAAAUGUCACUGAAGAACUAAACUGUAGGCGCCUGUUUGUGAUGGAGACUUAGUUAACUUGAGGUCUUUGAUUAAAGCUAUAUAGAAAAUGAAUGUAUGUGUUUGUACAAUGGAAAUUGUUGCUGAGUGAUUUUCACUGUACGUCCACAUAUGCUGUGAUAUCAUGUUAUUUAGAUGAUGCUGAGAUAUGGAAAACUAAAUCAAUAAAUUGUACUGUUUGACACCUAA